UGCUAGGUUUACUACUAUAUGUCACUUUUAAGACUUUGAAGAUGAGCAAACUUGGGUGUGAAAGUCUGUGUACAACUCAAUUUUCUGUUAUCUUCCUCUCCUCUCUCAAAGGAGACUUUUACUUCUCUCACAAGAGUCACAAGUAGUUCUUGCCCUCGAGGGUCUUUGAAAAAGUUGUAUGAAUUUCAGUAAUUUGUCAAAAAACUAUUUUUCAUCUAUCUGUUCUAGAACUGGCCAAAUGCAGUUUUUUGCUAUUACAUUAUAAAUUAUCUGUACAUUACAUUGAGACUUUAUUUUGGUUAAACUGUUGAAGUGUGCAAAAAAUAUUCUUCUGUUUGUCCAUUUAAAUUAAAAGGAGAUGAUCUCUGGGUGAUUCUUAUGUCAUUGUGGAUAAUGGGGAAUGGAUGGAUUUUUUUCAGGGGACAAGAUGAAAUUGAGGUGAGCAAAAUUAUCAGUAUCUUAGAAAGCCAUUGAUCCAAAUCAGCUGUUUUGAGAAUGAGUCGCCUUUUUGUGAUAAAGAACACCUAACCUUUUUACAACUUUAAAGUGCAUCUGAGUCAGUAGCAAUUAAUGUAGUAGGUUAAGAAAAUUGAUUUGGUCUUCCAAAGCAAUGUUUUCUGUCCAGUGCUGUCUCAGCACCUGCAGUCCUCCCCCAAUGGCAUCCAGUGCAAUUGGAGUGGAGUUCCUUUCAUUGUAUGCCAUGCCCGUUAACUUGACAGCUAUGGAAGCGCAAGGAGAAGAAAUAAUGCAUUUGAGAUUACACAGAAAUUCCAGUAUAGUUGGCAAUAUCCCUGCAAAUGAAUAAGACAGAACAUAUCCUACUGAAUUGUGGGGUAGGCAAAAGCAUGUAUUUAAGCUUUUCCAGGAAGCAUAAGCUUGACACCCUGACCAAAGUACACAAUUGUUUGAUUGGUACAAGCUGAUCAUGGGGAUCCAGGCACAAAUGUAGAAAAUGAGGAAGAGUGAGAUCUAGUUAAUAAGUAAUUCCUAGCCAUAAUGCAGGUUUGAACAAACAAUGCAGUCUCCCAACAGUAAGGACAGAAUCUCAGCUUAAACACUCUCCAGCACAAGUAUAUUACUCCUUUUUGUCACCAAGAAGAAAAUGAAAAAGAAGAAGAGUUUUGAUCUGCAAGAUGGAGAGGGACGUCCUUCCAGAUGUCCAGAUAACAGUGCAUUCAAGCAACAGAAGCUACCAGCUUGGAAGCCCCAGCUUACCAUUGCAACUGUACUCUCCAGCUUCUUUCUCACAGGAGCAUUCUGCCUUUCUGUGGGAGUCUGCCUCAUAUUGUCUGCAAACAGCGUCAGAGAAAUCCAGAUUGAUUAUUCAGAUAAAUGCUCAGAUUGUUCAAAACUCCGUGAAAAUUCCUCUAAUUGGAAUAAGGAAUGCCACUGUUCUGUUAAUUUCACGAUAAAGGAAGAUAUAUUGGGUGAUGUUUUUAUGUACUAUGGCUUGCAAAACUUCUAUCAAAACCACCGUCGAUAUGUGAUAUCAAGAAGUGACGCACAACUGUUGGGUCGAAAUGUAAAUAUUCAGAAGAGCUACUGUGUGCCCUUUACCACCUACUGAAACGGGACACCCAUGGCUCCAUGUGGUGCUAUUGCCAACAGCAUGUUCAAUGAUACUAUUGAUCUUUUUUACAAUCUUAACUCAUCUGUUAUUCAAGUACCAGUGCUGAAGACUGGAAACAGUUGGUGGACAGAUAAAAAUGUGAAAUUUCGCAAUCCGAAUUCAUACAAUCUUUCUUCUGCAUUUGCAGGGACAGCAAGACCUCCUUACUGGCAUAAACCAGUGUAUUUGUUAGACGAGGAAGAUGAAAGGAACAACGGUUAUAUAAAUGAUGACUUCAUUAUCUGGAUGCGAGUGUCAGCAUUUGCUACAUUCAGAAAUCUUUACCGUCGGGUCAGACGGAUAAGGCAGUUUGCAGAUGGCCUCCCAGCAGGGAAUUACAGUUUUCAUAUUUCCUAUAAUUUCCCUGUUACCAAAUUCAAGGGGAGGAAGCAUGUGAUUCUUUCAACCAUGGUAUGGAGCGGAGGAAGUAACCCAUUCUUGGGAAUCGCUUACGUGGUUUCUGGCACAGCAGCAAUCCUGACAGGUUUUGUCAUAACUGCCAUCCACCUAAAGCUCAGAAAAAAGAAAACAUACUUUCAGAAGUCAUAAGGUUCCCUGGCUUUCUGAACAAAGGCAAAGGUAUGCUCUGAACGAAGAACAUGCAGCACAGACCUUUCAUUCUUUCCCAAGCUCUGGAUCUGUUUCAGUAACAGGUUGGUGAUUGUAACCAAAUUGAGGGUCGUGCUAUUCCAUCAUCCAAAACCAAACUUACCUGAAGCUGCACACUUAUUAAUGUAUGUGCACUCCUGAAUUUGUUUCCUAGGAAACUUGUGAGAUGAGCUUCAAACAACAGACAGUGUAACAGAUUAGAAUUGCAACGGCAGAGAAAUUAUAUGGUGCUAAUGUCUGGCCAGAAGUAAGGGUCCAUAUCAAUUUUUUACUCAGCCCUUCAUUCAGACAAUAUUUCUCUUCACUUAAAUGGAGCUUUGGACGGGUGAAAAGUGAGGUCUUGAUCCAACAAACAGCUUGAGCAAGUAGCACUUGGUGCUAAAAUCUGUUUAUGGGCCACAUGUGUGGGCUGAAUGUCUUGGCUUAGGUUUUAUAUACCUUUUUCAGUUAUCCUGAAAAAGCAACCAAUUUAGUGCAGCAUAUUCAUCACAGUUUGAUACUCAAUUGAUGAUUGAAUACAGGGCAUUUUUUAGGAGUUUAGAGUUUGGUUAAACCCAAUUUAUUGUUUUUAUCUAGGUAUUGAGAUUAACCUGCAAAGCUAGAGGGCAUCAAAACACUGAAUUACAUUUUUAAAAUUGUUAUGUAAUAUAAAGCUUAAACUAAAUAAUCCUAUAAUGCUAAACAUUUUAGCAGAAACAUCUACCUAAUAUAGCUACUAGACCACAGUUGCACUCCUACCUACCCCACCCUUCCAUGCAAAAGUUCACAGACCCUUACAUGGCAUUAAAUGUCUCUUCCCCUUUCAAGCUUCUGUUUCUAUGGUGUGAUGACCUAUUGUCAAUAGAAAAGAAAGCAUCAGAAAAUCUGUCAACUUAAAUUUCAGAAAGUAAACACUGCAGCCCGUGAAUAAGCUUAUCAAUUUUCAUGUUUCGUGUUCAACAUUUUACACAGUUAGGAGUUAUUUUCACUCUCAUGAAAUGUAGGAACAACACUGAAGAAUUUAGGUCAAAUAUACCAUGAUACAUCCAAAAUUUUUAAAUUCUUUCUCUUUUGCAAAAGCACAAAUGGAAUAAAACACUUUAAUUCUGCCUUACCUCCCCCUCCCCUAAAAACACUUUCACGCUUAAACAAGAAAGAAAUCACAGACUAGAGCAAGAGAAAGGAACGUUGCCCAGGGAGGCUGCAUGUCCCUGUCAAAGGCACCCACAUCGGCUUUUAAAAGUGUCUCGGGCACUGAGGAGCUUGUGACCUUUGACAGAUGGCUUCUGGUGAAUCUGAUUGCAGCCCCAGAAAAUACUGUUUCCUUCUUUCUCUGCUUCUUAAUUGUGCCACGAGCAGCAGAAGGGGUGCUGCUCAAGUUCACAGCCCAGCCUGUUAGUAGAGUCUCGCUCCGUGGGUGGUUUAUGCUGACCUGCUGAGCUAAGGUGCGUGUCGCCGUCCGCUUUUACUGGUUGGGGCCAGUCACCUCCAUCAGAAAGCAGUAGAAAUGGGGUUCCAGUAUUUCAAACCCUUGCACCUAAAUCUGUCAGAAGCUGUGGGAGAACCCUACCCCUGACUCGGCUGGACAAGACAGAGCAUGAAGCAGCAUAUUUAGCAAUGCUUAAGCUCAUUAGUCUAAAUCACUUUUAACAAUGAGACAUACUCCUAAACUCCUUUUAAGUCCUUUUGAAAAUGCAAUCCCAUGCAGCCUUCUGGAAAGCCCUGAUGGGAGUAGCUGCCAAAGCUGAAUUUAGGAUCUGUGGCUCCAAACGGACCACAGGAGCCUCUUUCUUUUUCUUUUCCAUUUUUUUUUUUUUUUUUUUUUUUUUAAUCCUCUGAGAAACUGACUUUCAGGAAAUGAUAUGUCAUCUGGGUGGCUAAGUCAGAGUGCAGUUGUCACUGAUUUUAUUUCUUCGUGAAGUAUCUGGUAAAAAUGUUAGUAAAAGGAGACUGAAUAAUGAGGUAUGUAUUUCAAUGAGUUGGUGUCUAGCAGGAAAAAAAAACUUACUUAGAAAACACAGUCUAGCAAGUAGUGCCUAAAAUUUGCCCCUUGCCUCCCAGAGCUUUGUGCAAGAACCUCUUCUCUUGAAAUGUACCUUGUCUUCAAAUCCUCCCACAGGGAAAACCCGUCUUCAAAUAAAUCUUCCUCUUUCUAUUA